GAAGUGCAAGCAAACCAAAUAGUGUUUAUUUUACUGUCACAGUCAAAUGAGUUUCAUGCAAGGCAAGCGGAGGACUUUGAGAAACAUGUCACUGAUCAGGUUUCCCACUUAAGUGAGGUAGUGCAUACAAAAGUGUUACAGUGUCACUCAUCAACCUUGUCAUUUGUUCACUCUUUCUGACAUGCCCUCCUAAAUCAAUCAAAGAUACACAUUUUAGCUUCAUUCAGAUAUGUUUACUUAAGAGAUAAAUUUUGAGUGGUGUUGGAUACAGUAUUGUUUUUUUGCAUAUCUUUGUUUGAUUUCCGAUGGAUUAGUUAUUGUAAAUAAAAUUUACUGAACUAUUUCCCUCCUAGAUCCAGCGGCCUCAGCUCUUCUUUACCCACAGGCAUUUUGUUGAUGUCCGAGGUAGCUGGACGAUAUUUCCCUUAAUUGAACAGUGAGUUACGGCCUUUGAUUGAACAUUUAGUUGAAAUUCCAUUUGCUAGCUUUUGAAUUUAAAAAAAUAAAUAUUUUUAAUAAAAAUCUAAUUGAGCUUGUUGUACAUUUUUAAAAAUACAAAAUCAGAUUUCAUUUGAUCUUGUCAUUGUUUCAGUUUAAUAGAUUUAUUGAAAAAGAAGGAUUUUUCAUGGGUUUUCAUAUGUGAAGAGGAUACCAGAGUGAAUGUGCAAGGACUUGUCACACUUCUAAAAUCAUACAAUGCUUCUCAAGUAAGGAAGUUUUUAAUAUUUUGUACUAAUUUAAUAAAGUCUGCUAUCACUGUAAUGAUAGUAGUGUGUGCAGAAAAAAUAGUGGAGCCGAAAAUAAAUAAAAAAAAAAAAAGAAAAAAAAAAAAAUAUCCUUUGAAAUUGAAAAUAUUAAUAAAAUAAAAAAUAAAAUCAUACAAUGCUUCUCAAGUAAGGAAGUUUUUAAUAUUUUGUACUAAUUUAAUAAAGUCUGCUAUCACUGUAAUGAUAGUAGUGUGUGCAAAAAAAAUAGUGGAGCCGAAAAAAAAUAAAAAAAAAAAAAGAAAAAAAAAAGAAUAUCCUUUGAAAUUGGAAAUAUUAUUGAAAUAUAAAAUUAUUCGAUGUUUUACUGAACUGAUUGGCUAAAAUAAUGUUUAAGCUGUUUUAACAUUAAUGCAGUCUAGUAAUUAAUUUAUGACUUGUUAUAUCAGAUACAUGCCUUGGAGGUAUAGGCUAUAUUUAUUGUUACAUCUGAUAAAUGCAUUGGAGGUAUAGGUUAUAUUUAGUGUAAUAUUUGAUACUUGCAUUUAAGGUAUAGGCUAUAUUUAUUGUAAUAUCUGAUACAUGCCUUAAAGGUAUAGGAUAUGCUUAUUGUAAAAUCUGAUUCAUGCAUUGGAGGUAUUGGUUAUAUUUAUUUUAAUAACUUGUACAUGCCUUGGAGGUAUUGGUUAUAUUUAAUACAUAAUGGCAAUAAUAAAUUUAAAAGGAAAUAGAAUUAACAUGGAAAACAUUAAGAUAAUGAAAUGUAAAGGAUGAACUGAAUGUCUUAUACUUGAAUGAACACAUGGAACAUAAUGUUAUUGAGUCCAACAUUCAGGGCAAUUACUUAACAAUCUUGUUCUGUUGGCUUAGCACUAUUUCCUGGGGAGAGAACUCCGUGACAAGCAAACAACCAUCAUUCACCAUUUUGCUUUUGCUGAUGAUCCAUCUCAGUUCACGUAUCCUGACUUCCGAGCUGGCCUUGUGUUGAGCAUCACAUUAAUUAAACAGUGAGUGCACAUGUCAAAUUAUUAAAGACUCACACACAGUUCAAAGCUGUUGGUAUAGAACAUCUAGGGGGCGAUGUCAUCACCUAUCUUACCAUUUUUAGCAAAACUUGUGCUGGGAUUAACCAUUCAUUGAUACUGAGUGAGAUAGGCUUGACGUCAAUUGAAAUAAGGUUAUCGGUACAUAUAUUAUAUUUUAUUUUCUGAUAUGAUUAAACAAAAUUGAGAAAGAUUUAAACAAAUUUUACUUAUUAUAAAAUAUAUUUUUAGUUAAUUAAAAUUUUUAAUUAUUAUAAAUUAUUUUUUAGCUAUACAUUUUUUAUUUAUUAUACAAUUUUUUAAUUUAUGAUUUAUUAAAACAAAUUUUAUUUGUUAUAAAAUAUACUUUACUUAUAAAUUUUAUUUAUUAUAACAAAUUUUUUAGUUAUAACAAUUUUUAUUCAUUAUCAAAUAUUUUUUAAUGAUAUCUAAUUUUAUUCAUUAUAAAACCUUAAUUAGUUCUAACAAAUUUUAUUUAUUACAUAACAUUUUUUAGCUAUAACAAAUUUUAUCUAUACAAAUUUUUAUUUAUUACAAAACAAUUUUAGUUAUAACACAUUUUAUUUAUUUUCCAAAAUAUUUUUUUAAUUAUAACUAAUUUUAUUCAAUAUAAAAUAUUUUUUGUCUCCCAGCUUGCAUAAAAGACUUCAAAGUGGAAGCUUGAAAUUAGAUUUUUCCAUUGAUCCCAAACACGAGUUUGCACUGUUUGUUUGGGAGCAAGGCCUCGGGACGUCAUUGCUUCACGUUGAGCAGUUCUGCUCGGCUGAUGACAGUUUGAGACCACAGUGCAUCACACGGCAACCCCAAAAGUUCCCUGAAUGUGGGGAACCUGUAAGGAAACAAGACUUGUUUGUAGCUGUGAAGACCUGUAAACAGUAUCAUGAGACCAGAGGUAGACAAGUGGUGUCAAGCCAAUAGGAUGGUCUCUACUAUGUUAUAAUUAUUUAAUACUAUCCAUAUCUUCUUAACUUAUCAUUUUCCACCAAUGAUAAAAAUUUGUUUACUGAAUUCAAAAAUUUAUAAAUAAAAAAAUAAUUACAUUUGUUAAAAUUAGGAUAUGAUUAAGAAAUUGAACUAUGCAUUCUCAUCAAGAGUUAUUAAUUCUAAGCUAUUUUAUCUAACACAGUGUUCUAGAAAGUGUUCAUUCUAAUUAAAACUUUGAAGUUAUUAUCAAGAAAACGUAAAGCAUCAACCUGAACUCAGCUUAAAUAAAAUAAAAUGUCUGUUUUUUGUUUUUUUUCCUUCCAUGUUUUAAAAAAAUAAAUAUUUUUAGAUAAAGAGCUCUAAGGGAAAGUUAGGUUAAGUUCAAGAGACCUCCAUCGGCAGUAGCCCUAUGAGAAUGGAGCAUGAAGAGAACUGUAACUUGUGAUUCUAUCUGUUCCAGUGCCAGUGGUGAAAGCAACGUGGGGGAAAGAAACAGACCUUAUUGAGUACUUCAGUGAAGUGAGUGAUGUCAGUAUCCCAACAACUGAUCUUGGUGUGCCCAAUACAGACAGAGGUACAUUGGAUUUUAUAUAUAUAUAUUUAUAUAUAUAUAUAGAUAUAUAGUUGUUUUUUGUUACUUCUGUAGACAGGUACACAUUGACAUUGUUGAUUUUAUUAUCUCAAAUGUAGAUUAUUUAUUCUGGUCAGUGACCCUGCGAUCAAUUCAUGAAAAAAAGUAAUUUCCCUUUGGCUUUGGAAUAAUAACCCAUUAAUGCACAGAAGAUACAUUGGGGAGUCAUUGUCUGUGCGAGUUGUAGGAAGACAAGUUCAAGGUCAUUAAAAUAAAAAGGAAGUCAUCUCACAGACCUCACAGGCUGUCCUCACUGCAUUGGUCUGAUGAAUAUCACACGGAGCGUGUCUAAUGUCUAGGAUGAUCUUUGCUUUUUUUGGAUCCAAGAAUUAUUUACUUAAGAUGACCUGUUGGUGUGAAAUUGUUACUUGCUGGUGUGAGAGUGCUUUCCCAUUCUGCUUAGCUGUCAAAAACUUUAUAACUGUUACCUUCCACAGUAUGACGAUUAUCUGCUAGACUGACUCUACCAUAUAUUAUUAUUUAAUUGAUCAUAAAAAAAUACAACAAUAAAUCCUAUCCAUCCUUUUGUUUUUAUUUUUUAAUUUAUAAAAUUAUUAAACAACCCAGUAUAAAUCCUUUAUUAAAUGUAAUAUCAUGCAAUGUGGGGGGGGGAUGCUUAAAAUUUGACAGAACAUGCAAACAAGUAAUGCACUUUAUAAGAAACCAAAAUAAGGUGUCCCCCCCCCCCCCCCCCCUUCAAGGUUUGCAACUGCACAUUUUUUCACUCCACUGAACGAUAUUAAUAUUCAAAUUACAAAGCGGCUUUUACACCACAGAUUUAUUUCACUAAAUAUUUCAGAAAGACAAAAGAAAAAAUACGCACCAAACACACUUCCGAUAUUUUAAAAAAAAUAAAAAUUUUUAUUUAGCGGAGUUAUCGGGAAUUUUAUUUCGUGAAAUCAGUGGCAUCGUAUUUCCUUCAUUUUCCCCUUGAAAAACAUAACAUACCGAUUUUUGAGGUUGGGGGUGAUACUGAAAAUUUUAUAGAAUGUGUUGUUAAGGACAACGAGUCUUAUGUGCCUAGUUUCAGCUUGAUAGGUUGAUGGGAACUGGGUCAAUUAGGCAUCUGAAGAUUCUGCCAGCCACCCACAAAAGCAAGUUAAUAUAAUUUAUUUUAAAGAAAGUGUAACCAUAUUUGUUUAGCAAUUAUUUAUAAGAACACAUUUCCAAAUACAUUUUAAACUGCUACCAUACUAGCAAGUUUAAAGGAUGAAAUGAAAUAAAUUGAACACUUUGAUGUAGAAUUUAUGGAAAUUAAUGAAGAAAGUAAUAUCUUUCAGCUGAAAAUAUAUUUAAAUGAAACACUAUAAAUAUUUUUAAAAAAAUACUUAAUAAAAAACACUAUUUUUUUCCCAAAAUGUCCUAAAAAUGAUAAAGUACAUGUUUUGUGACACAGUUGUUAUCAUGCAGAUUGUUUAGCCAUUGAUAUAUGAGUUCCCACAACUGCCUUGCAUCACUGUUGUGUUCUCACAUGGAUCGUGAUCUUGACCAGUGGAAUGAAAUUUGUGAUACAGCUGUGUGCGUGUCUCUGGGAUUUGCAAAGAACACUGAGUUAAUUGGUGCCUGAUGCUUUUUUCAUUCAUAUGACCCUGAAGUUUUUGGGGGCAGUUAUAUUAUAGUUUUUUAGUAAACUGUUGGAAACGCAUGUUAUCACGUAUAGUUUUAUUUUGUUUUAAUUUGUACGUAGUCUUGGAAGAUGUCAGUGGUGAAAUUUCUGUGGUAAAAAUUUUGUGGUCACUGUUGACAGUUAUCGGGAACGUGUAACCAUGCGUAAGGAAAUGAUGUAGUGAGACCCAAUGUCCUUAUACCUUUCCGUUCCUGAGGGUCAAUGGAUGUCACUUUUGACCUACUCAUUAUGAAGGAUUGUGUUGUCAUUUGGGGGGGGGGGGGGGAAUAAAUGUACAAAUCUCAACUGGAGAUCAGAAAGUGAUUCAAAAUUGAGCUCCAAGAUUUGACCACACACAAACAAUACAGCAACAAAUGGACAGAGCAAUGUUAGGAAAAGCGUAUAAUAAUGCUAUCUUUUCUAAAACCUAUGUUUUAUCUGUCACACUCCAGGCCAUUCUGAUAACACCAUGAUAUUUUAUCAUCUGUGACACUCCAGGCCACUUUGUUAACACCCUCAUAUUUUAUCAUCUGUCACACUCCAGGGCACUUUGGUGACACCCUGAUAUUUUAUCAUCCGUCACACUCCAUACCGCUGUGACAACUCCAUAUUUUUAUCAUCGCACUGUAGGUCACUGUGGUAAGACCAUGGCUAUCAUCCAGAGAAUCAUCGACACCCCUGCCCUGUCCAACAUUGAGUGGGUGCUCAUCGCCGACGACGACACCAUAAUAAAUCUGGACAGACUUCUGCUGCUCCUGGCCUGUUACAACCACAGACAGCCGGUGGCGCUGGGUGAGAGAUACGGCUACGCAGUGGCCAGAGGUGGAGGAUACGACUACAUCACUGGAGGAGGGGGGUAAGUUUGGAAUGUUUGAUGUCGUCUUACAGAUAGCGGAAGUAAUUUUGAAAAGCCGUGCAAGAUUCAAUGCAAGAUUCUAACCCAAAGUUUACUUCCAAAAAUUAUUGCUAAGUAGGGCUCUGCUUGCAAAAAAAAAAUAAAUAAAAAAUUUAAAGCUAAUAUUUGUGUAAAAAAAACAACAAAAAACAAAAAAAAAGACAGAGGUAAAAAAAGGAAAUUAAAAAAUUUAAUUCUAAUAGGAUUGUUCAAUUUUUAUGUUAUCAUAAUCAUUUUUCACUUCCUUAAAGUAUUUAUUUUGAUUCUGUUUUCUAAUAUGAUCCAUUGCUAGCGAUUGAUAGUGUCUGAAUAUUUUUGUUUCUUUAUUAACUCCAUCAGCUUGAUGUAAGUCUUGUGUUAUUGAAAUAUAGACUAGCGGUCCCCAAAUGGUGGUAAACAAGCCUUAAGUUUCCGGUCUGCACAACAUGAAUAUUUAUGGCAAAUAAAAAAAAUGGGAAAAUAAUAAAUAUAUUUUCCUCCAGUCCCUGGUGAAAUUUUGAGACAUGUCCACCGGUGGGAUGAACUUUUUUAAAAUUUGGGAAAUGUUGAUGUAAACAGCUGUAACUCGGUGACCCACUGUUUAUUUUGAUCCAUAAAUGUUACUCUCCAUGAUAAUUUACUUUGAGAAGUUUUGGGCAUUGAAGCAAUGAGCUGAAUAUCUUGUGCUCACACUGACGGCAUUAUUUCAGUAUGGUGUUCAGCCAACCUGCUGUCAGACUGCUGUCCAAUCGAUGCAGGUGUUACUCGGAUGACGCGCCUGAUGACAUGACCCUUGGGAUGUGCCUCAAGUCUAUUGGAGUGCCUGUCACGCACAGCCGCUUCUUUCAUCAGGUAGGGUGA